AUAUGAACCAAAAAAAUCCAAAAUUCUAUAUAUGUACUAAAAAUCUCGUACACAUUACAUCAAGUGUGUGUAUUAUGGCAAUUCAUGGAGCAACACAAAGAACACAAACCUCAUCAACAACACCUUCAUCAUUUUCCGAAACAUACCAAUCAAAACAACCUCAAGAAAAACUCUACACUGACUUCAAAAUCUAUUGGCCCUUCAGCAUUCCUUUAACCUCAGAAACCGCCGCAAUUCGCAUCAUUCGAAACCUAGAAAAUCUUGGACUAUACUAUACACUUUUCAUAUGGAUCAUACUUUUUAUAAUCCUCAUCCCUCAUCAUAAAACAUCCUUGAUUCUGUUGGUUAUAAUGACAUAUGUGAUAACCAUUUAUCAUUUACUACUAAGAGCUUGUCCCAACAAUAUCAUGUUUCAUCGAAGAAUCGAUAAAAGGUUCGUGUUUGGUUUGCUAGUGUUUGCGACAGUGGUGCUACUGAUUUUGACCGAUGCGGGGAUUCGUCUUGCGGUUACUUUAGCUUGUGCUGUGCCUUUGGUUUUGGUGCAUGCUGUUUUAUGGGUUAGUCAGUAUGUUUUUGAGGUUGAUAAUGAUGUUGAUGUUUGUUGUUGUUGUUGUAACAAAGAAUCGGCUUCACUUGUUGGCCAUAGUGAGUUUGGAGCUGAUGGCUUAGAGAAUGUUUGAUUUUCUUUAGAGAUAGCCCUAUUUGUGUGCAUGCCUCUCCAAAUAUGAUAUCAAAGAUUUCCCCUGAUUCCAAGCUGGAAGUUGUUCUUUGAGGGUCGUUUACCUUAGGUGUGGGACUUUCAGAGCUCAUGUUACUUUAAAUCAACUUUACCUCUUACUCAAAUUGUCUGAUUUAUGUUUCCAUUAUGUCAAUUGUAUUGUCUGACAUUUGUUUAUGGUUCAUGGGUUGCGAGGCAUCACGCCUCAGGAUCCUUGUGCAUAAUCUUUUCUUACUUACCGAGGACAAUUCAGAGGGUAAGGCACCCCUCUCCAUUAGGGACAUGGAUCGUCUGACGUUAUUGCGGGAAAGUUAGGCUACCAUUCAAGUAUUUAUGUCCGUUAGAUGAAUUGGGAGGUUGAGAUAAUGCCAUGUGGAAUUGCUGUAAAUUAAAAAAAAAAAAACUAAUUUUUAAACACUGAAAAAGCUUGAACCAAGAACCCUAUCAUCUUGCUGCCACCUCCGCCGCCGAAGGUCAUCAUCCCAGACCAUCCACCACCACGGGUCGUUGUCAUCACUAUUCCGCCGUGUAAUCCUUUGCUUUCGUCUUCGCCGUGCCCAUUGUCGAUCUUCUUUGUUGUUGUCGACACGCUACAAUUGGCUUCUGUCGUCAUCUCCCCGUCCUCUGUUUUCUUUCUUUUGAUUUUGUUCAUUUUUAAUCCUAGUUUCAUUUGUUAUGAAUGUGUUAUUGUUGCAAAUCAAUUUCAUUUGGUACUGCUACAGUUUGAUUUGCUUGUCACGAGUGAGAGAGAGAUAACCAAAAUUUAAAAAAGCAAUCAUGUAGUUGACGAUAGUAGCAAAGAGACGACGGUCGCCGGUGACGGCAAGGUGAUGAUGGUAGAACUCACGGCAAUAAAUUUGGAAAAAAUUUCCAGCGGCUGCUCACCUGUUUUUUGUUUUCUUUUGUUAAAGCCGCACUCGUGGCAUUAUUUAAGCCGUCCGAUUUAUUGAACGGCUAAAAUUCAUUGAACGACACUCUAACGUUGCCGCAUUUAUGUUAAAGAAUUUGCUUCCCUCCAUUAGCAUGUAUCCAAGGGAGUGAAUAACAUGUAUAUGUUAUCGAUUUUAGGAGUUUCAAUUUUGAUGGAUACAUCCGCCUUCCGAGCAUUUUUGUUGAACAUGCACUACUUCAAAAAACACAUCUAAUAUCGGAUGCGAAAUGUAUUUGACGUCGGAUACGAGAGCGAGGUAACGUAGGUCGUUAUGAAAAACUAUCCCUUAUCACCUCGGUUAUUAAAACGCUGAGGGGAAAAGCUAACUGCACGUGGGUUCGAUUCCCAACAUCAACAUUUUUAUUACUUUUAGAACUAGAUGGAGAAACACACUAACACAAAUAGUAAUGGAGAACAACAAUAACAAGAACCAAAUUAACAAAAACAAAAAUAACAUCAAUGGCGUAAUUCAUUAGGAACCUACAAUGUACAUAUAAUUACAUCAAAUUAUGCGUAAGAAGGAGUGGAAGGAAUAUCAAAAAAGGAAAAAAAAUUGAAAAGACAAAAAGAUGUAAUCGUUCAGCAACUCAAUGUAGUUAGUCUACCAGAAGAUCUUUCCAACUUCCAAGAUAAGAAAAUGUGGAGAAUUAAAUAAGCAAUAAUUAGAAGGAAUUACUAGUACUUGACAUGCGUAGAAUCUUUUGGCUUUUAGACUUCCAAAGAUCUGAGAAGAGGAAGAAUCAUAAGAAUUAGAAGAAUCAAUAUAAAAGCGAAAGAACUUCAUCCAGAGAAAUCAGAGAAGAUGAAGAAUCAAAAUGAGUACUUCUGCUGAAACUUUAUCCAAAGAAAUCAAAGAAGAGGUCCAAGUCAUGAAUAAAGCAAAACAGAAACUGAGUACUUCAUGCAAUGUUGAGAGAACAUAAGUUGAUGCGGAUGUAGAGGUCCAAGUCGUUGAAAGAGACCAUGCUACCGAACCUUUGAGACCCAGGAGAGCUCUCAAGAAGAGGAGAUCAAGAAGAAGAAAGGUGAAAAGG